AUGGUUGUCAAUUUUGGGCGCGGACUUGUAUGUGGUACCCCUUGUGAGCAUAUCCACACCUCUCUGUUUGGAAAUGGGUUUUGCGAGUUUCAGCUCCGUAUCACUAAUGAUUUCUGCGAUUUUCUGAUUACCACCACUUUCUGGCAGUCCAAUGAGUCCCUUCACCUCGCAGUCGACCGUGAACCUUGUUCCUUCUCCAACGAUGGUCAACGGGUCUUUCUUUGCGUCCUUGAAACGGAUGAUUCCGGUCUUGUUUGUAAGAAGGUCUUGUGCCCUCUCCACUGGGAUGGCGCCACUCCACCGACUAAGAGGACCAAUAAUCGGUUUUCUCAAAGACACGGCAGCCUCGAUGAACAGCGUUCGACGUCCAUUGAUUUUGUGGAUGGCGUGGGUGGCCAAUCCGGCGUCAAGAAAUUGAUUAUGAUGGGGUCCAAUGACCACUAA